AUGACCGCGCUCGUGUGCCUUGCUGUGCUGCUGGCUGGCCUGCACCUCGGUGUGAAUGGUGCGGCCGUCUCGGGCAGCAAAGUCCUGCUCAUCACAGACAACUCGGGCUUGACGACCUCGUGGCAAAACGUGGACUUCCUGCAGGGCGCCCUCAACGCCAGCGGCCAGGCCUAUGACACCGUGGUCGUCGACGCGGCGCCGCGCCCCGACUUCGCCUCCCUCAUGUGGAACGCAGACGGCACCGGCAAAUACGCCGGUUACAUCAUGUGA